AUGGCGACAGUCAAUCAGAACAUGUUUGGCGCCACCAUCGCUGAGCAGCCUGGAGGUGCCCAGCUGAUGGUGCUGCCUCUGAACCUCAUUGUCGAGAUUGUGUCACAUGUCAACGAUACAGGCGAUCUCGCCCGACUAUGUCGAACAUGCCGAGUCUUCAACUACAUGGCAUUACCGCAGCUAUACCGAAACCUAACGCUGACCUCCUACGACAAAAUCCGUUAUCGCGGCGAACAGCCAGAAGGAAUUGGGAGCGCAAGUCCCUUUACAAUGGGCCUGAAUGCGAUUAUCACUCGAUCCUAUGCGCCAUUGGUGCGAUCAAUGACAUUACGUGGAGAGUGGAAGGAGCAUGAGUUGGAGGAACAUGCCCGAGUCGGUCGGGUGCCCGACUCCUCGAUGUUGCUGAACAUCGCCGCACGAGCGGCGGUGGACCGCAUGACCAACUUGGAAAGCUUCCACUGGGAAUUAAGCACCAAGAUGUACGACACGGUGUUCAUGGGGUUGACACAGCUGCCCAAGCUUACUUCGUUGACGAUUCGCUUCCCGUCCAGCCGUCACCCACAGCCCACCUUUGUCAUACCAGGAAUGCCGCAUCUGAAGUGCCUCAAAUUAACGGAUAUCGACCCGUUGUGCUACCCGGAUGAUAUUGCAACCCUGCUAUGGAAGAGCAGAAAAUUGCGCGAAUUGAAAAUGCACUGGUCCCCACGCAUGCGCGAUGCCCAGGAACCGAGUGUCUCUUUGCAUGAGUACUUCCGCAAAUUGAUCUCAAGCAAACAGCCCCUGACGAUCAAGAAAAUGACCUUCCAGAACCUCUAUGCGUUCCACACCGAGGACUUCAAUUUCGCUUUUGAUCCUACAACGGUGGAAGAUGUCACCUUCCUCAGUGGGGUUGAGGGGUCCAGUCUAGUCAAUACGUUCAUCGAGAGCAGCUGGCCGACCGUUCCACCACAUGCUCAACUUCGAAUCAAAUCCGUUCGCAUGGAUGCGGUCUCAAAACGAAAUUCAGAGUUCAUUGGUAACUUCAAGGGACUUGAGCGGCUGUAUUUCGUUAAUGUAACCUCUGAUUCAAAUGACUCCAUCAAUUCCCCACGACCGAAAGGCUUGGAAUCAUCGGCCCUCACGCCGCCAGUCUCCGAGCACCAGCCCCCCGGUGCUGUCAACGGAGUAACCAACUCUCCCAUCAACUCCGCAUCCCCAGCCAGCCAGCUCAAUCUUCUUUUCAGUAUGCGAGAUGGCUAUCUUUCUCACAUCACCGCGAACCACGGCGCUACAUUACGACACCUUCUUCUCCCUUCUAAAUGGCCUCUAUCCACAGCUAUGAUCGCUCGUCUUGUCCACAGCUGUCCAAACUUGGAGCAGCUCGCCCUUGCCACAGAAUUCACGAGCAUGGAUUCUCUCACCCUCCUAAUUCCCUUCUUGAGGAAACUAAAAGCACUCCGGCUUCUCAUUCCCCCGGCGUCUAUCUCGCAGAAUGGAUCGCCCGGCGCGACCGUCAAAUCAUCACUUUCCGCCCAAGGAAAAACCUCAUUCGACGGCAAAUUCAUGCGAGACGACAGCUUCCUGAACGCCAAGUCCCUUGCCGAAGUCGUGGAACUCGACGACGCAGCCCUAACGGAAAUGAUGAGCUACGAUCUUGCCAACGAGCAAGUCUAUGGAAACGUCCAAGUCAUCGGCAUGGGCUGGAAAGCCUGGGAGUUGCGAGAAUUCUACAAAGCACCGCUUCCAUCUCGUGACUUCCAGUCCCCAGACGGACGGGUCCAGGAGACCACCGAAAGCCCCAUCUACAGCCAAAGUGCACCAAUCUCCGUCCACAGAUCCCCAGAUCCCCAAUCAACCCAAACCCCGACCUGGCUCAAUGCCUCACCGCGCAUCAGAGCCCCGUCAUCGUCAUUGGGCAAACGGGCUCGCGAUAGCGACACGCCCAUUGACUCACCUCGGACUCAGGAGAGAGACGAGGACCGGGACGAAACGCCCAGAGCGUAUCCCGCCUACGACCCGCACACGGGAGAAGGUGAUGGUUUCGCCUGGCGAAGACGUAUGCGCCGCGUGGGGUGGGAGGUGCUGCAGCAUUGGGAGGUUUGGGGGUUGGAUACACAGGAGAUUUGA